GGUCUCCGGAGCGGAGUGAGUGUAUGAGUGAAUGAGUGAGUGUGACCGAUGUGAUCUGCCAACGGGACAAGAAUUCAGAGCGACAACAAUCUGGAGGAGUGGACGAGCGUUUCCACGCCGGAGGAGACUUUUCUGCUCCGUGUCUGGAUCCUGAGCGGCUCUGACAGCUGGAACCCUCCUCCCUCUACGGACAAGGACAGAGCCGCAGAGCUGCAUCACUCAGGGGUCGCGGAGGAGGGAGCAGACGGCCUCAUGUGUCCCGAAAACAAGAUGACCUCAGUGCAGAGAGUUGAAGAUUGGAUAUGAACAUGUGAGUGGUGAAGUUGCAUAUGUGAAAUUGUAAUCAGCUGUGAUGGAGCUCUGGCCUGCAGUGGCCUGGCUCCUGCUGCUCAUCGCCAUCUUGGAUCUUCUGAAAAGCUGCCACAGCAGAGACUUCACUGAGCAGGACGUCAUAUUGCUUUACCCCUCAAGUACUCCAUUUCCUGGUGGAUUCAAGUGUUUCACCUGUGAAGAUGAACAGGAUAACUUUGAGUGCAAUCGUUGGGCACCAGAUGUUUACUGCCCACGUGAAGCCAAAUACUGCUACACCCGCCACAUUAUAGAUGUGAAAGGUGUCAGUUUGUCAGUGACCAAACGCUGUGCAGCUCUGGAUGACUGUCUUGCCACAGGAUGCAGUGAAAUGGAUCAUGAAGGAAAAAAGGUGUGCACAGCCUGCUGUGAAGGAAACAUUUGUAACUUACCGGUUCCACGGAACGAAACAGACAGUAUCUUUUCCACCAGAUCACCUCACAGCGGCAGCACUGAGCGGCUGUCGCGCAGUCAAACACAGACUUUCUCAAUCACCAUUGCUCUCCUGAUCAUUUUAAGGGGAGUUUGAAACCUGAAGACAAGGAUGUGCUGACAAUUGAAAGGAACCUGUCAUUGGACCACAUACAUUUUGGUUUAAAUGAGCACUUACCACUAGAAUAAGAGUUUAAUUUGUAGGUUAUUAAAACACUUUACAAUAAGGGUGGGGAUUAGGUGAAUUGGACACCCUAAAUUGACCAAAGGUGUGAGAGUGCGAGUGAAUGGUUGUUUGUCUCUAUGUGUGUGGCCCUGCAAUGGACUGGCGAACUGUCCAGGGUGUACCCCGCCUAUCGCCCGAUGUAGCUGAGAUUGGCACAGCACCCCCCACAACCCUCUGGUGGAGGAUAAAGCGGUAGAUGAUGACUGACUGACAAUAAGGGUACAUUAAGUGUGGUCCGUGAGCGACCCCUAGUGGUCUGCGAGGUGACAAGCAAGUAACAUAUCAUGUUUUAAAAUUUAAAAUGUCAACCUUAACCCAACCAAUUUCAGUGUUUCUCAAACUGCCUGCGACAUAUAUGUGUUGUUUUCAAUAUCAAAUCAAGUAGUUUAGGAGGUUGCAAUUUGUGAACUGUUGAAGUUGGCAUAUUGUUUUGCGGCUAUUUUGAGUUCCGUGAGUGUUUUCUUAUGGGUUAAGUGGUCCUUGGUCUUAAAAAGUUUGAGAAACACUUCACUAUAGUUUUUGCCAUUAACCCAUUCACACCCCUUUACUCAGUGCAUGUAUCUGCAGUGCACUUUCUAUCACACAUCUGCCCUACCCAUUCAAACACUGCCUACAGCCAUCAGGAGCAACGUGGGGUUAAGUGUCUUGCCCCAGGACACCUUAUGUAGACUAGGGUGUGGAAAUCUAACCCACAAUCUUCAAUUUGAAAGACGAUUUGCUCUACCACUGGUGCACUGUCGAUAUGGGUGCUCAGGCAACAACACGUGCAGUAUUAAAAGUAUGUGUAGUUCAGUCUCAGUGUUCUUUAUCAUUUCAUCAGCACAGUUUCUCUUUGCCAAACCCUCAACGGUCAUGAUUUUCUGCUUCAUGUAUAAAUGUAAAGGAUCUUUGUGAAGAAAUAAUGUGACGGUUGUGUAUUUUAAAGCUUAUGCGGUAUUUUCUUUUGUUUUUAUGAGCCACAAGUAUGAUUAAUGCAGUGGGACUGGUUCAAGUGAAGGGACUGUCUUUUUUUAUUUUAUUUAAUUUUUUUAAAUGUAGGAUUUGAUGUUGCACGUGUGAGUCCAUAAUCCAUGUUCUAUGUGAAUCAAUGCAUGUACAUUUAGAGUAUUUAUUUUUAUAUCCACUGUUGUUGUGAGGAAUGUGAGACUUUGGGGUCUGAGUGUUACAGAGUUCAGAUUACGGCAUCAACGACUUCUCAUUUUUUCAGAUCGACUCAUCUGUCAAUCAAGUCGAAGUCGAGUCGACAAGUCAUUUGAUGACAUCAUCACAUUGACACAGCGGAGGAGCACAGCUGUACAACAAUGAUGAUUAUUGUCUGUAUGUGUAGUUAAGGGCACUUUAAAAAAAAAAGAGAAAUCAACAGAUCUUCUCAAAGACAUUUAAACAAAACAAAACAUAGGCCUUGAAUUUUCAGUUAGUUUCACACAGAGAGGGAAACAACAACGCGACUUGUCGACUCGUCACACGACUUGUGCCACUAACAUCGAUGUGUUGACACAUUGGUUUUUCUAUUAAUGCCCUAGUUCAGAUCAUAACAAAGAAUUCCACUUCAUUUUCUCCACUUGUUGAAUUCCAUGAAAUGUUUUUUGUAAUUACUUUGCUAAAAAACAUUGUACAUGCACAGAUUGUGCACGUCUGAGGCCACUGUAAUUGUAACUUUAACAAGCUAUUUCAGUGUCCAUAUUUUACAGCAUGCUGCCCUCCAUAGUUAGAAAUUAAUGUAAUCGACAUAAAAUCUUCCUCUGCACUAUCCUAAUCCUGUGUCUUCCACUUUGUAUUAAUCAUGACAAAGCUAUGAGAGUCACGUGAUACGCUGAACAAGAUAGCAGCCUAGGCUGUCAGCUCCCAGCCCAGCAUCGCUAAAUUGUUGAUUUUUCUGCAGAUACGAGUUUCGACUUUGACUUUUUGACACAUCGCUGGCCUUGAAGAGGGGAUCGAGGGCUCUAACUCUGCUCAGUUUCUCACACACUUGUUUCCCAAAUGGUUCCCCGGUCUCUGUGACAUUAAGAUAGUGGUUAUGAGAGUGCAUCAGAUGUUGCUCGUAGCAGCCUGCUACCCUCCCCUCAGAGGCAGUGGCACCAGAGCCUGCCUAAGGAUCAACCAAGAAUCCAGAGCCAGGUUAGCUCCAACUAGCUAACUUUGU